GAUGCCGGCGCCCAAAGUCGAUCUCUCCGUUUGGGGCCUGAACGACUCGCAGCUGAGUGCGGUUACGUUUGCCCUGCAGAAUCCCUUCGCGUUGGUCCAGGGCCCGCCAGGAACGGGCAAAACGAUGACCACAGCUGUCCUGGCAACCUGCUUCGCAAGGCAGAACAUGGCUUCAGGUGCUUCUUCCUGUUCACCGGCAGAACCAUGUCUUUCGACUUUACGUGA